AUGGCUCCAGCAGGACACACAACCACGCUGCACUGUAUACACACACUGGCAGUCAACCCCUAAACUAACUCCUCCUCCUCUCCCUCCAGCGUCACGAUCAGCCUGCCCCUCCCCUGCUACUUCAGCCGCAUUUCUCUCCCUCCUUGCCUCACUCUCUCACUCCUGUGGGACUGUGCUGCAGGGUGAUUGUCUGUCUACUGUAGAGCAGGGAAACAGAGUGUGAGGUGCGUGUAUGUGAGUGCGUGUGUGUCAGAAGAUCAGAGCGAGGAGACGCCAAACGGACACAAUGGGGGCCUCCAGCCCUGUCAGGGUGCAGGAGAGCCAGGCCGUCAGGCUGAGUGUUGGCCAUGUUGCGCCAGGCGGAGCCCACGAGUAGCACGCUACAGCUGGUGGCCACGGACAUGACAGAGAUCAUGGAGAACCUGGACACGCGAGAACUCGACAUGGGCGACGGGGAGGAGGUGUUUGACGGGCACGAUGGCAAUAACCCAGACAAACGCAUCCCCUUCGUCGCCAUCUACAAGACGACCGGCUUCAAGGAGCCAGAGGCUCGGGUCUUCCUGGCCUCGCUGGCCAUCUCCGCCAAGAUCCUGGAGGUGGAACGCCCCCGGAUAGCCCAGGACCGCUUCAAUGUGACCACUCAGCGGAGCGUCUCCAAGGUGCUCCCUGCUGUCUUUAAGAUCGAGAUGAAGCAUGGCAACUUCACCUGGAUGGUGAAGAGGAAGGAGAAGCACUUCAUGGAGCUGCACCGAGAGCUGCGCACGUACAAAACCUUCAUGCGCAUCCCUCUGCCGUCACGCAGUCACACAGAACGGCGGCAGACUAUAAACAGGAACUUGGCACGCGAGAUGCCCAGCUUGCCACGCGGAGGCGGGGAAGACCUCAGAGAGGAGCAGGUGUCCAGUAGAAGGAAACAACUGGAGGAUUACUUGAAUAAGCUGUUGAAAAUGCCACUGUACAGAAGCUACCAUGCAACAACGGAGUUCAUUGAUGUGAGUCAGUUGUCCUUCAUUCAUGAUUUGGGACCAAAAGGCUUGGAGGGCUUUGUUUACAAGCGGUCUGGUGGUCAUCGGAUCCCUGGCCUGAACUGCUGUGGUCACAGCAAAAUGUGUUACCGAUGGUCCAAACGGUGGCUGGUUGUGAAAGAUUCAUUUCUGCUGUACAUGAAGCCGGACUCGGGGGCCAUUUCGUUUGUCAUGCUGGUGGACAAGGAGUUUGCCAUCAAAAUGGACUCCAAAGACACGGAGACGAAGCAUGGAGUGCGCAUCGACAACUUAAACAGGACCUUGGUGCUGAAGUGUAGCAGCUAUCGGCAUGCCCGCUGGUGGGGGCAGGCCAUCGAGGACUUUGUCCGCAAGUAUGGCAGCGCCUUCCUCACCGACCAUCGCUUUGGCUCUUUUGCCCAGGAGCAGCCGGACACCCCAGCCAAGUGGUAUGUCAAUGGGAAGACCUACAUGGAGGAUGUGGCCAACGCAUUAGAGGAAGCUAGAGAAGAGAUCUUCAUCACGGACUGGUGGCUCAGCCCUGAGAUUUUCCUGAAGAGGCCGGUCGUUGAAGGAAACUACUGGCGCCUGGACUGGAUUUUAAAGCGCAGAGCACAACAAGGCGUGAAGAUUUUUGUCAUGCUGUACAAAGAGGUGGAGCUGGCCUUGGGAAUCAAUAGUGAAUACAGCAAACGGACACUCCUUCACCUUCAUCCAAACAUCAAGGUGAUGAGGCACCCAGACCACGUGUCCUCCUCUGUGUACCUGUGGGCCCACCACGAGAAGAUUUUGGUUAUCGACCAGUCGGUGGCUUUCGUUGGAGGUAUUGACCUGGCGUACGGACGCUGGGAUGACCGAGAGCAUCGCCUGACUGAUGUUGGGAGUGUCACGCGAGCCAUGCACACAGAGGCCGAGAGCGAGGCGUCUCCCACCGUGUCCAGGGCUAACGGCACCCCGGCCACUAAUGGGAAAGGCGGCGGCUUGGUGCAGGACUCUCUGGACCAGCCCAAGCUGAAGGGCCAGGGCCGAGGCAAGAGGACCCGCUUCAGCAUCCGCAGACACCUGCACAAGCGAGGCCUGACGCAUGGAGACAGUGUCAGUAGCGUUGACAGCACGGAGGAGGCUGCAACAGCUGCUCAAAACACACAAGCAGAUGUUGUGGGGCUCCUUGGCAAUACCCGCUUCUGGCAUGGAAAAGACUACUGCAACUUUGUCCACAAAGACUGGGUCCAACUCGACAAACCGUUUGAUGAUUUCAUCGACAGGCACACGACUCCCAGAAUGCCCUGGCACGACAUCGCCUCUGUGGUUCAUGGAAGGGCAGCGAGAGACGUUGCCAGACACUUCAUCCAGCGCUGGAACUUCACCAAGCUUGUAAAACCCAAGUAUAGAUCUCUGUCUUACCCGUACCUGCUUCCCAAAUCUCACACCACGGCUCAUGAGAUCAAAUACCAAGUUCCCAACUGCACCACCGUCAAAGCACAGAUUCUCCGAUCAGCCUCUGAUUGGUCUGCGGGUAUAAAAACCCAUGAGGAGUCUAUCCACAACGCCUACGUCUAUGCCAUCCAGAACAGCAAGCAUUACAUCUACAUUGAGAAUCAGUUCUUCAUAAGCUGUGCGGACAAUAAGCAUGUCUUCAAUAAGAUUGGAGACGCCAUUGCCGAGAGGAUCAUCAGAGCCUACAAGGAGAACAAGAAGUAUCGUGUCUAUGUGGUGACCCCUCUUCUGCCCGGGUUUGAGGGAGAUAUCAACACAGGGGGUGGCAGUGCCAUCCAGGCCAUCAUGCACUUCAAUUACAGGACGAUGAACCGCGGCGACUGCUCGAUCAUCUCCCAGCUCCAAAGAGAGAUGUCUGAUCACUGGAUGAACUACAUCUCCUUUGGUGGCCUGAGGACCCAUGCUGACCUGGAGGGCAAACUAGUGACUGAGCUCAUCUACGUUCACAGCAAAAUGCUCAUUGCUGACGACAACACUGUCAUCAUUGGCUCAGCCAACAUCAAUGACCGCAGCAUGCUGGGCAAGAGGGACAGUGAGGUGGCGGUCAUCUACCAGGACACGGAGACGGUGACUUCAGUGAUGGACGGGGAGGAGUACCAGGCAGGACCGUUUGGCCUGCAGAUCCGACUGGAGUGCUUCAGGAUGAUCUUGGGAGCCAAUACAGACAGCAGCAUUGACGUGACAGACCCCAUCAGCGAUCAGUUCUACAAGGAGGUGUGGAUGUCCACAGCUGCCCGGAAUGCCACCAUUUACCAAAAGGUGUUCCGCUGUCUGCCGUCCAGCGACGUCCGCAACAUCUCCGAGCUGGAGGGCUACCUGGCCAAGCCCGGCCUGGAGAAGGAGGAUCCUCUCCGCGCUCAGGAGGAGCUCAGGAAGAUCCGCGGCUUCCUAGUCCAGUUCCCUCUGCAGUUCCUGAGCGAGCAGAACCUCCUGCCGCCCAUCGGCUCUAAAGAGGCUAUGGUUCCCAUGGAGGUCUGGACCUGAGCUGGGCCGGGCCAGGGCCACUACAGUACAGUACUGUCAGAGAGAGUAGAGAGAGAGAGGUUCCAUUGGCCCAUUGUUUCCGUGUUCUAUUAUUGCAAGGGGGAGGGGGGGAAAUCCCCCUUUACGCAGACCUAGGCAGACCUAAGGACUGUUCUAUUCAAUGCUAGGAGUAUUAUGACACGCCCCUUUAGGCAGACCGGAACAUGGUCACGUUAGGUGCCCAUAGCAACCUAUUACAUUGGCAUAUCUCUAUAUAUUUAAAGAAUCUCUGGUACUGUAGUACAGAGCAAUCUGCAUGGACAGAGGUGUCAGAUGUGUCAGAGGUGGUUCCGAAGUAGUUACGAGUAAACCCUUCAACAGUUCUCUUCCAGAGAGUUUGUUGAGUUGAGUUACUGGCCUACUCUACUGACCUGGUUCUCACACAGAUGGUUGUUAACUUGUGCAAGCUCACGAAGUUGGGCGAACAUGCACGAGCGUCUGCCUGAGAACCAGGCUACUGCUUUGCAACCGUGUUGAGUACUCAUUACGAUAAGCUGAUUCAGGGGUAGUCCGUAGUUGGAUCAAAUUUGUGAAGAUUUGUGUCUUUCUGAACCCAACAUGGAUGCCUCUGUCUGCAUCCCUGAUGGCGUCAGGCUCUGUAGCACAGCGAUGCUGCAGGAGGGGCCACUUGAGGAGACAGGCCAUGCUAUUACCUCUCGCCAUCCAGUUGAGAAGGCUGAAUAGCUAGAGCGAAAUCCACUAACAGUCAUAUCCUAUCAUAUCCUAUUGUCGCUAACCGCACUGAUGAAGUCUAGUUGUUUGGCUAUUGAUCUCAAGGAGGAAGACCAAAGGAAAUGACUUACAACCUGUCUUCCUAAAAAUAAUAUUUAAUGCAAUGCAUGACCUCUAUUCCAAUCUGUCUUUUCUUGGUGUGUCCCUGUCUGCCUUUCCUUUUGUUUUUAUUCUUUAAUAACCAUAUUACUGUUGAACACUAUGCAAUUUCAGUGACAUUACGUCAACUGCAGUCUACAUUUUUGUAACCAUUUUACUCUAUUUGAAAGAAGGGUGUUGAUAUAAAGAAGGGUUGUUUUCAACCCUGUUGUGGUUUCAAAUAUCUUACGAAACAGGAAGGGUAUAUUAAUCACUAGACUAUAUAAUGCAGUAGUAUUACCGACAACGAAGUUUUGCUACAAGUGCACGACCAGAAUGAGAGGUGCAAUAACACAAGUGCCAAUUAAUGGUUACUAACUUGUGCAGGUUUAUUUAAUUUUAUUUUAUACUAAUAAUGAACAUUCCUAAAAUUCCAGUGUUUGUCAUUUGUAUGUAUUUGCCUUGAACUAUUUAAAGAUCCAGUGUAUCAUUUUUGUUUUUGUUUUCUCCAAAAUGCAUGUUGCCCAUUCACAAAUUUGACCUUCAUGAACAUUUUCUAAUUAAAUAAACGAAUACUUACUGCUCUGACCAGAGCAGCCUUUGCAGCCAAAGACAUCUACGACUAGUAAAUCAAAAUGGUGGAUUUCAGAGAUGUUAUAAAGUAGAAGUAAAAGUACUCUUACUUAUGUAAUUACAACACCACUGUAGUAUUAUGAUAUUACGUGGUUGCAACUAUGUAAUAUCAUACUUCUUGUUUUGUAAUUACAUCUGUAACAGUACUUCUACUUCUACUUCAUACACCUCUGGUGGAUUUACACAGAGAGGGUCCAAGCAUACAUGCAUGAAAAGUGUACAUCUCCAAGCCAUAAUGAACACGUAGAUUGAUGGUGGUUGUGAAUAUGCAUGAAAAAGAUGACAUUUGCGAAUGGGCAGCAUCAGUUAUGUGGAAAUGAACUACUCAAAAAAAUUACACACUCAGCCUUUAAGGUGAACAUCCCACUACUAAUCAGGUCUGUCGUUAAAAAGUCUUGUUGAUCGGUUUUUGACCCUUCUACUGUGAGCCUGCUAAAGUGUAUUCAUUUGCCUUGACCAUUGUAAAGCCAUGACAAGUGAUGAAGAGUUUAAAAAAGUGCCUUUGCAGAAAAAGGA